UUUUUCGAUGUUGGCCAAUAACUGAGCCUCGAGUCCAUGUACUCGACCCAGUUACGCAGCUCGUUUCUAAGCAUAUCGAACAUGGGCUGAUUAUUCUUUAGUUGAUAAACUUUUGUCCAAAUAUCUGAGGAUUUUACAGUUGUGGUUUCAAGCAACAGAUAUGUUUUCUUAACUUGUUAAUAAGCAAGGCCGCGGAUGAUAGUUUUCUCUUUACUGAACUUGUUAAAGCUUACGCUGGAUUGAAGGCAACAAAGGUUUCAUUUGAACACAAGUAAUUAUUAAGGUAUUCAUUCCGAAGGCAACUUUGUCCACAACAGGAGGUUCUGGGCGACAACGAGGUCGAUUUCUACAGUAUCCUGAAAGACUUCGCAAAGAAGAAAACCAUGCAGGGCUUGCGGCAAAAUCACUUGGUCUUUGCGAUUACUGGCAUAUUUCUGUUAGUUUUGUUCGUUGGGGCAAACAGAAACUUAUGUGGGAGUGUUUUUAAAACUCAAGUUGGUAAGUAAUAAACCCGGCUCGGUCCAGCCUAAUUUCCUCAUGUUUACCCAAAGACUUCUCUUUGCAGGCUAUGCCUUACUGGGUCACGUUAUGACUAAAACUGAUGUUCUUGACGAGUUUGAAUGUCAGCUAAAAUGUAUGGGAAAUGGCAGUUGCAAAUCGUUUAAUGUCCAUCACAAAAGCAAUAAUACGAAGCGCAUUUGUGAGCUGAACAACAUAACAUGGCAGAUGAACCCGGAUGAUUUCAAACAGAAGAAAGGAUCCACGUACUUUGGAUCUGUUCAGGCCACAUGCGUCCAUGUUUUCCAUGAAAACAAUGAACAAAUAAAUGGCAGCAAGUGUCGUCCAGGAUACAAAGGAGAAAGGUGUCAAAUACCUUCUAAGAGCUGUCUCGAAAUUUACAAGUCUGGCUAUAAGAUGAGUGGAGUGUAUUACAUCGAUCCUGAUGGUUUGGGUGAAUUUAAAGUCUUCUGUGAUCAGACGACGGCUGGGGGAGGAUGGACGGUGUUUCAAAAGAGAUUUGACGGCACUGUAGAUUUCUUCCGCACCUGGGAUGACUACAGACAGGGCUUCGGCAAUCUGAACGGCGAGUUUUGGCUCGGGCUGGACAAGAUUUAUCGCCUGACUGCGAGCAGCAGUAACAAGCUUCGUGUUGACUUGGAAGACGUCCGUGGUGGAAGGGCAUUUGCAGAGUACCAGUCAUUUUCUGUGGCCAAUGAGGAAGAGAAAUAUUUAUUAAUAUUGGGAAGUUAUUCAGGCUCGGCAGGUGAUUCUCUUGCAUAUCAUCGUGGCCUACAAUUUAGCAGCAAAGAUCAGGAUAAUGACAGAUCCCAACACAACUGUGCUUCAUCCAUGAAAGGCGGCUGGUGGUACAACAGUUGCCAACACUCAAACCUAAACGGUUUGUACCGAAAAGGUCAAAGUGGAUCAACGGUAAUGCGCUGGAAUCGCUGGAGAGGCAGUGAGUCUGUCGAAAGAUCAGAGAUGAAAGUUCGUCAA